AUGGACCUUAAGACAUUCUACUCGCUCACCGACUUCGAGAUUUUCUGUUCAUUCCUUGGUUUUAUCCUCGUAUGUAUUCCGCUCUGGUGGCACUUGGAAGCAUGGAACAUGGGCUGCGUCCUGUACAUCUUCUGGUGUGGCAGCCAGUGUCUAAUCCAAGGGAUCAACUUGAUCAUCUGGAAAGACAACGUCAUCGACUGGGCCCCGGUGUGGUGCGAUAUCACUUCAAGAUGGAAACUGGCAUCGUCGAUUGGGGUUUGCUGUGCAUCCUUGUGUAUCAACAGACGUUUGUACAAGAUUUCCAAGAUCUCCACAGUCUCCUUGACUAGAGCCGACAAACGGCGGAUAAUCAUCAUUGACUUGGCCAUCGGAUUGGGUAUUCCUAUCCUAGCUGUCGCACUAUAUUGGUUCUACGAGGGCCAACGAUAUGACAUCGUCGAAGGCCUCGGCUGCAACCCAGAUAUACCGAAUACGAUCCUACACCUAUUCUUAAUCACCAUCUGGCCUAUCGUAAUUGGUCUCGUAUCAAUGGUGUAUUGCACGCUGACCCUCCGUGCAUUCUGGGCGCGAAGACGGCAAUUCAAGCAGUUUCUCUCAGGAGGGAGCAACCUGAGCUUCAACCGCUACUUCCGCCUCAUGGGCAUCGCCGCAACCGAGAUGUGCUUCACGGUCCCCGUCGGCUGCGUCGACCUCUACUACUCUGUGACGAGCCCGAUCUAUCCCUGGCAUGGGCUGGCGGACAUCCAUUACCAGUUUUCGCGCACCCCGCAGUACCCCGCCGUGUACUGGCUCUCGUUCGAGGGGUACCGCGUUUCGUUCUUCUCUAUCAUCUGGCUGCAGAUCGCGUGCGCGUUCAUCUUCUUCGGAUUCUUCGGCCUCGCGGACGAGGCGCGCAGGCACUAUCGGCUGGCCGCGACGUAUGCGGCCCGACGGCUCGGGCUGUCGACGUCUCCCUUGCAUGGCUCUACAGGCACACCCGUCGGCUCGAAGCCGACCUCGAGUUUCCUCGCCAAGAUCACCAUCCCGUCCUUCAUCCAGAGGAAGACAAACUCCGGCACCGUGUCAUCAACCUCAUCGGGUACGGUGGCUGUCCCAGUAAUUGGUGCAGCAUCAGCAAAGCGACAUUCGAUACUCUCGCUCUCCGACUUCUCGCACGGCGACACGGGCACGCUCGAGGAGGUCAAGGUCGCGUUCACCAAUCCCUUCUCGGCACCCGUCGAGCCAUCGGAAGCGCUAGUCAUGACGGAGAAGCCUCUCCCUGCGCUUCCGGAAACCAGGAGCACCGUCAUUGAUAUCUCGUCCAUGUUCCGCCCCACGCCUGACGUGCCGUCUCCCGUAAGACGGGAUUCAUACGGUGACAUUGUCUGA